AUGUCGACGACCGUGUCGGCAUAUCAAGAGCGCGUGUACGCGCUCCUCCAGCAGAUCCCGGAGGGACGCAUCACGUCCUACGCGGCGCUGGCUCGAGCGCUCGGCUCCUCACCUCGCGCAGUCGGUGGCGCACUACGAAGCAACCCAUUCGCGCCCGAGAUCCCUUGUCAUCGGUGCAUCGCAAGCAGCGGGUUUAUCGGAGGCUACAAAGGCGACUGGCGCGAUGUCCCGAGCGGGCAGAACUGCGAGAAGAAGUUGAAAAUCCUGGCCGAGGAGGGCGUCCAUUUCGAUGAUCAAGGCAUGUUGGUAGAUAAGUCGCGCUGGUGGCAAGAUUUCAAAGCGUGA